CUUUUUUUAAAGAUGUCAAAGCCAGCUGAUCACAUCAAGAGACCCAUGAACGCGUUCAUGGUCUGGUCCCGGGGCCAGAGGAGGAAAAUGGCACAGGAGAAUCCCAAAAUGCACAAUUCGGAGAUCAGCAAACGGCUGGGUGCCGAGUGGAAGCUGCUGUCAGAGUCUGAGAAGAGACCUUACAUCGAUGAGGCCAAGAGACUGAGGGCUCAGCACAUGAAGGAGCACCCCGACUACAAGUACAGACCCCGGCGUAAGCCCAAGAACCUGCUCAAGAAGGACAGGUACGUUUUCCCUUUGCCUUACCUCGGGGACACCGAUCACUUGAAGGGACUUCCACUUUCGGCGGACUCUCUUUUGGGCGCCUCGGACAAAUCCAGAGCGUUUCUCCCUCCGACGUCCAGUCCUUACUCCUUCCUAGACCCGAGUCAGUUCAGCUCCAGCGCCAUCCAGAAGAUGACAGAGAUGCCCCACGCGUUGAGUACCAGCACUUUGCCGUACGCGUCCUCGUUGGGAUACCAGAACGGCGCGUUCGGCACCCUUGGGUGUCCCAGUCAGCACACCCACACCCACCCGUCGCCCACAAACCCGGGUUAUGUCGUCCCGUGUAACUGCACAGCCUGGUCAACGUCAAGUUUACAGCCCCCGGUGGCCUACAUACUUUUUCCAGGUAUGACCAAGACUGGGAUAGACCCGUAUUCAUCCGCACAUGCCGCUGCCAUGUAA